UAAAGCAACCAACAGUAAAGCCAGACCUUCCAGUUUCCAUGUUCAAUGAUGGAUAAGGCUCAAAUGGCCUGUGGCCCUGAAUUCUUAGUUGCCUAUAAGCAGAGUGUGCUUUGCUAAGGAAAGGAAUCAAAUCAUAGAUUUUAUCUACACCACUCAGCCUCCGUAAACCCCUUCCCUUCUCCUUUCAAGAUCCCACAAGAUUACAGCGAGAUUCAUAGCUCAAAAACCUUUUCACUCUUGCUAAAAAACAGAGCACCCUUUGUUUCACAGGUAAAAUUUCCCUCUCUAUCAUGUCCCAGAUGAUCACGCUUCUCUUGUUUCUCCUUUUCCUUACAAGCCCAGUUUUUUCUCAGCUAGAUGAUCUCUACUUCCCAGGCUUUAAUCAUGUUACCAGUAACAUGAGCCUAAAUGGUGCUGCUGUGAUUGAAAAAAAUGGCAUACUUCGGUUAACAAACAACACUCAACACACAGUAGGUCAUGCAUUUUACUCAUCUCCAGUCAAAUUCAAGAACUCUAGUAAUGGAAAAAGCUUCUCCUUCUCAACUGCCUUUGCUUUUACUAUAGUUCCUGAGAAUCCAAGAAUAAGAGGUCAUGGUUUUGCCUUCACGAUAUCCACCUCAAAAGAGCUCCCAGGCGCGCUUCCAAACCAGUAUCUGGGUCUCCUCAACGCAACCGACAGUGGAAACUUCUCCAAUCAUCUCUUUGCAGUUGAGUUUGACACUGUUAAAGACUAUGACUUGCAUGAUAUAAAUGAUAACCAUGUUGGCAUUGAUAUCAAUAGCGUGAUAUCAAACAAAUCCGUUCCUGCUGCAUCCUUUCUUGUUAAUUCAACAACGAAAGAUUUGAAUCUUUGCAGUGGCAGGCCUAUUCAAGCAUGGGUUGAUUACGAUUCGAUCAAGAAUCUACUAGAAGUAAGGCUUUCAUCUUUUUCUAAAAGACCGGUUUCUCCUAUCCUAUCCUGUAAGAUAGAUCUUUCUCCUCUUUUCAAAGAUUAUAUGUAUGUUGGGUUCUCUUCAUCAACUGGCUUGCUCACAAGCACACACUAUAUCCUUGGAUGGAGUUUCAGCAUGAAAGGAGAGGCUAAAUCUUUAUCUCUUCCUUCCCUUCCUUCUCUUCCGGGGCAUAAAAUGAAUCACACAGGAUUGAUUUUAGGUGUCUCAACUUUAGCUACUUUUCUCAUAAUCUUGAUCGUGGCCACGACAUUUUACCUUUCCAGGAAGAUGAAAAAAGCAGAUGUCACAGAGGCAUGGGAGCUUGAUAUUGGCCCUCACAGAUUCUCUUACCAAGAACUCAAGAAAGCAACGAAGAAUUUUCGAGAUGAAGAGUUGCUUGGAUUUGGUGGAUUUGGCAAAGUUUACAAAGGAACCCUGCCGAAUUCCAAUACUGAAAUCGCAGUUAAGCGAAUCUGUCACGAGUCUACACAAGGUUUGAAAGAGUUUUUGACUGAGAUUGAUAGCAUCGGUCGGCUUCGUCAUAGAAAUUUGGUUCGGUUACUGGGAUGGUGUCGGCAGCAAGGUGACUUACUACUUGUCUAUGAUUUCAUGGCUAAUGGGAGCUUGGACAAGUACUUAUUUGAUAAUCCUAAAACAAUUCUUAAAUGGGAACAAAGGCUCAAUAUUAUCCAAGGUGUGGCCUCAGGCCUUUUGUAUUUACAUGAAGAAUGGGAACAGACUGUGAUUCACAGAGACAUAAAGGCUGGUAAUGUGUUAUUAGAUUCUGAGUUAAAUGGAAGACUUGGCGACUUUGGUCUUGCCAAGUUAUAUGAUCGUAACUCUAACCCCAUCACCACUAAAGUGGUGGGGACAUUGGGUUACUUAGCACCUGAGCUAACAAGAACAGGCAAGCCCACUACAAGUUCAGAUGUGUUUGCCUUUGGUGCUCUUUUGCUUGAAGUAGUUUGUGGAAGGAAACCUAUUGAGCCUAAAGCAUUGCCGGAGGAGCUCAUUUUGGUGGAUUUGGUAUGGGAUAGGUGGAAAAGUGGUGCAAUUCUUGAUGUAGUGGAUCCAAGAUUGAAUGGUGAGUUUAACGAGCACGAGGCUGUUCUUGUGUUGAAACUGGGGCUAAUGUGCUCUAACAAUGCGCCGAAUGCGAGGCCUCCAAUGAGGCAGGUUGCGAGGUUUUUGGAAGGAGAAGUGGCAUUGCCAGCGUUGGUUGCAGCCCCGAAUGCAUAUGAUGGGAAAAAUGUUAAUGCAAAUAAGGUUAGGAGGGAGUUAGUGGAUCAUAAGCAUUCAUAUCCAGUAUCAUCAAAUUUGGAGAAGGUCAGUACAUGGUCCUUCGAUGGUGAUUACGGGGAUACUGAUAUUGAAGCUGGCUCAGAUUCAGCUCUUCCAUCUUCUGGUGGAAGUGAAUGCAAAUAGCCAGAGCAUUAAAUUACAAUGAGGUUCUCUUUUUCUUUGUAUGAUUAUAUUCGAGAGGACAGAAUUUUUUUUUUUUAAGAUAGUGGUUUUUGUCAUAAUGUCAAGAAGCUGAUUAACAUAUCUCAAACACAGGAUGUAAUUUCACAAGUAGAUAGAUGUUGAUAUGAUUACUAUGUUCAUUCAGUUGAGUUUAGUCAAAUUAAACUUCAUGUAAAUCUUACAAUUGGAUUCAA